UUGUUGUUGUUGGUGUAUUUUAGCUUAACACAGACCGUUACCUCUCAUGUAACUCCUUUGUGUAGCCAUCCACCUUGGAGAAAUAUAUCAUUACAAUUUUAUUGUGACUCAUUGUGUUUACCCUGUGCUGAAACACAGAGUGUUUACUCCCAUGAAGACACCUCCCUAUCUGUAAGCUAUGAGGAAUCACUGAAGGGUUUGAUGAGUAUAAAAGUCAUGUAAAUUAUAUGCUGUGGCCUUCAAACUGGCCAGAUGUAAACCUUUUGAACAUGCUCUCAAUAAGAGUCACCAAAAUUCACCAACUAAUAUAUUUUGAAUGACCAUUGAUUAUAAGACAUCAACACCUUACCAACAUUGGCUCUAAACAAAUGGAUGUCACAAUGAGCGGAAAGUGACCUGCAAACAUCCGGUCUCUGGUGCACCAUCACAAGACAACUGCAUCUUUGUCGUCAACGAACAGCCAGCAACUAAAACACCAGCCAGUGAGAAGAAGGAAAGACCCACAAGCAUCAUGAGUGAGGCAUCUAACUACACAGGAGGCUCAGACUACAUGACACACCCAAGCAGUCCAACAACCAGACAAUCAAGGUCAUCUAAAAAAGUUCACAAUUUUGGCAAGCGGUCCCACUCCAUCAAGAGAAACCCAAACGCUCCAGUAGUCAAACGCAGCUGGCUUUAUAAACAGGACAGCACAGGAAUGAAGAUGUGGAAGAAGAGGUGGUUUGUGUUGUCUGACAUGUGCCUCUUCUACUAUAAAGAUGAAAAAGAAGAAGGGAUCCUCGGGAGCAUCCUUUUACCCAGCUUUCACAUCUCCCUGUUAUCUGUAGAUGACCACGUAAGCAAGAAAUAUGCCUUCAAGGCCACACACCCGAACAUGCGGACGUACUACUUUUGCACUGACACAGCCAAAGAAAUGGAGUCGUGGAUGAAAGUGAUGACCGACGCCGCGCUGGUCCACACCGAGCCCAUCAAAAGACUGGAAAACCUAAAGGCAGACCCAUGCAGCCCACUGGAGAUGAACAACAUGUUAAAUCACUGGGUUCUGACACAGCCGGAGAUCCAAAAUAAUGAGAGGAACCGUGAGAGUGUUCAGCUGGAGGACAAGAAGCAGAAACAUCUGGAGAAACAGCCCAGCAUCCACCGAGAGAAAGAAAGGUGUGGCGUUCAAAAAGACCCCCAGAAGUACCACAUUCAGAAACAAGGUGAAAAGUACGCUUUAGAGAAAGACGGACAAAAGUAUCCGCUUCAGAAGGGCGGGUGCAGGUACGUGCUGCAAAAAGACACAGAGACAUUUGGUAUACAGAAGGAUGGAGAGAAGUACGCCUCUACUCUGCAGAAGGAGGCUAAACGACAUGACCACCAGAGAGAUGAAGAAAUCAACCUGCUGCAGAAAGAAAUGCAAAGGUACAUGCAACACAAAGACGGCGACAAGCAUGCGCUUCCCAAGGACAGCGAGACACACGGCGUGCACAAAGACACUCACAAAUAUCUCCAGAAAGAUGGAGGACGACCCGCACAGAAGGAUGCAGAGAGGUCCAGGCUUCAGCGAGGAGAAGAAGAGAGGUACAGCUUGCAGAAGGAUGGGAACGUGGAGCAACCACUCGCCAAAGCCGACAGUGUUAAGCAGCAGCCCGUGCAGGCGGUCACCAUCACCCCAGCCGUGUCUUCCUCAUGGCAGCAGAGCAGACUAAGCUCGGCUCCGUAUAAAACCGCACAAGUUAACGGCUCCGGAGAAGAGCAGAGCCCCGAAGAAAUGAGUAACACCAUUCCACAAAGGACAACAGUACAGCCUCAGCAGCCGUUAGAGCCAGAGAGGAGCUUGAGCAGGUCUAAUUCCAUUCAGCUGGAGCAGUAUUUUAGGACACAUCGCACCAGGGUCCAAGACGAUGACACUAAGAGCAUCACUUCAUACCAGACUCUGCCCAGGAACAUGCCUAGCCAUCGGACACAGGUGGUGCCCCGCUAUCCUGAGGGCUACCGCACACUUCCGCGUAACAUGCUGCGGCCGGACAGUAUCUGUAGUGUGGCAGGUUCCAUGUACGAUUGUGCACUGCAGCCCAUGGCAGCAGAGAAGAGACGCUCUAUGAGAGAUGACACGUUGUGGCAGCUGUACGAGUGGCAGCAGAGGCAGGCCUACAGCCGGAUGGGCUACAGCACACUGCCCAGCCCAAAGACUCUGAGCCACAUUGCUGAGUCCAUCCCGUCAUCCCCCUCGCACGGCUCCUUAGCUUUGUACCAGUCCGUCUCCCCCAACCGGCCCUACAAUCCUAGCACGUGCUCUGAAGUUUCCUCACCCGUGUUCCGUGGUGAUGUCAGCAUUGACCGGCGCCACCGAGCACACCUGGCUAAGUAUGCAUACCCACCUGAAUGCAGGGUCCCAGCAGCUCAGAGCAUCACGGCACAGUCCCUGCAGGGUAAAACGCCAGAGGAGCUGACCCUGCUGCUGAUCAAGCUGCGACGGCAGCAGGCCGAGCUCAACAGCAUCCGAGAGCAGACUCUCGCUCAGCUAAUGCAGCUAAACCAUGACACCGCCAACCCGAAGAAUAAGGUGCUUUCUCAUCACCUGCAGAGGAAUCUCAUGUAUCUGGACAGCCAGAUGAAGCAGAAUGAGCCUAUAAUCUUCAUGAUUCACACUAUGAUUGAGAGCUCGGCACCGAGGCCUCAGCUAUACCAGCAAAUGAGUCCUGACGCGUACAAUGAUGCGGUUUAUGGCUACAGACCUGAAGAGCUUGAUGUUGAUGCAAAGUUAAGCAGAUUGUGUGAACAAGGCAAAGUGGUGCGGACACAAGAGGAGAAGCUUCAGCAGCUCCACAGAGAGAAGCACACCCUAGAAACAGCACUGUUAUCAGCCAGCCAAGAGCUGGAGAUGAGCGUGGAGAACCCAACCACCAUGCAGAGCCUCAUCCAGCAGAGGGACGUGCUGCAGAAUGGCCUCCUGAGCUCCUGUAGAGAACUAGUCCGAGUCAGCACUGAACUGGAAAGGAGCUGGAAGGAGUACGACAAACUGGAGAGCGAUGUGACUUUGGCUAAGAGGAACCUGCUGGAUCAGCUGGAGGCUCUCGGCAGCCCACAGACAGAACCCCCCAGUCAGCAGCAUGUGCAGAUUCAGAAGGAGCUGUGGAGGAUUCAGGACGUGAUGGAUGCACUGAACAAACACAAGCCAAAGAGAAGCGCUGAACCCAGCUUUCCUUUAUCGGGUCUCCAGAAAAAGGAGGAGUCUGAUUCGGUGCCCCCACGUCCUCCGCUCCCCCACCUUUAUGAGGGCAGAGGGCGCCUGUGUGUGCCCCACCUGCCCGGCCCCGGCCACCCUCAGCUCCACCCACCUCGCACAGGUCCUCACCAGCCUGAAGACCGCAAAGCUGCCCAACGCAAUGGCAGUCACAGCGGUCCAGACUACAGGCUGUAUAAGAGCGAGCCAGAGCUCACCACCGUGGCUGAAGUAGACGAGAGCAACGGAGAGGAGAAAUCCGAACAGGCUGCUGAGAAAGACUCGUCUACUACUAAAGUGCCCUAUCCUGUGGGAAUAGUGAGCCCCAGGACUAAGUCGCCUGUACCCGUGUCCUCCACCAUCGCUUCUUAUGUGACUUUGAGGAAGGCCAAGAAACCUGAACCCAAAAGAAGCCACGCUAACAGUGCCAUGGAGCAUGGGAGUGGUGGUGUGGAGGGAGUCCGGCAGCGCAUGAGCGUGGAGGAGCAAAUGGAGCGGAUUCGGAGGCACCAGCAGGGCGCGCUGCGAGAAAGGAGGAGAGAAGACAGCUCUCUUUCUCGCAGUCUUUCCUUCACCAAAGACACCUCCAAUUAUUACACCCUGCAGAUGAGCACAAAAAGAAGGGAGAUAUCAGUUGGAGACUCCAACCAGUUCAGAGCCUCUAUGUUUAAAGAAAACUGCAAAGCACUGAAGCAGCUACAAGGGAACGUGUCAGGGUCUGAGUUUGGAGAAAAGGUCUCUGAAGCCAGAACAAGCCCUGAGCACCACAGAGCCCUGGGCACCGAGGACAGUGUGCAGACUGCAGUGAUGGUACGAGUGGACACGGAGGAAAACGACGAUGACGAGACUCUCUCUGGACAAAGUCAAGAGCCGAUCAUCAAGGACUCGUACACUCGGACGUCCUCCAAACACAGCACCACGGUUUCAGUGAACAGCCUCUCGAGUUCACCUCAGUCUCCGAGCACCUCUCCUCUUCCCUCCUCCCCUCCUCACCUCCCCGAUGGCUCCCACUUCAUGUGUGUGUAGUGGAGGAAGAACAGUACAGAUGAAAUAGCUGAUGGAUUCUGCUCCCUACCAGCCAGCGAGGUCCAUAAAUACUGACACGUGAAGGAGGAGGUCCAGCAGGAGAACCAAAAAGCGCCGCUGUCGCCUUGCAGAGCAGCGAGAGGCAGUAACCAACAUCACACCGCAGUCGCAGCUCAAGCCAUCGCCCUGUCUCCCAACUGCCACAGAAGACUUAUACACACAGGUGUAGAGUUCUUAAUGUUCUUAUUUAUAAUGUUCACGGCUUAUCGUGUCGACUGGAGGAGGCGUUUUGUAUAACAUGGGUAAGGAGCAGUGCUGUAAGCAGGCGCCUCUGAUUUACACUUUUAUUAUUCAGAGCAGUCACGGUCUCUUCAGCGGGUGGGACGUGUGUUAAAGCCACACACACACACACACACACACACACACACAAUCUGCUUCUUUCUUUAUUUAAUAAACUUUGGCUUUUAGCGUUCAUCUCUUUUGCACUGUAUAAGACCUCACUGAUUCUCUUUCCUUUUUUUAACUAGUAACAUGUGGAUAUCAGCUGAUCUGUACAGAAGACGUCCGAUUCCAUUAAAGCACUGCUCUUAACACUACAGAUGAAAAGAUGUGAUUUUAGCUUUGUAAAGAACCUUUAGAUUGUCUGUGAUUUCCUGCAGCACCGUUCCCCUGAAAGAACAUUCAUGAACGUUCAUUUUAUAUUUCUAUGGCUGAAAUCUAUUUAACUAAAGUAUUAAAGAGAGUAUUAAUUAAAGAUUUGUUUUAGUGUGGUCUCUGUUCAUGUUGGGGUCCAGCUCUAGGGAACGUAUAGCACAUGUAAAGCUUAAAAUAAGCAAUAACCAGGGUUUCGGUGUUCACUUUAUUGUAGAAGAUGUAAAGAUCAUAUUGUAUAUAUUGUACACCAUACAAUAAAAUUCUAAAAAGCUUAUCUAAGGAGUCAAUAUGCAAAUCUCAUCUGUUUUAUAUCAUGUGAAAUAAAUGUUCUUAUAAAAGGUG